AUGCCGGGCACAUAUUCACUUCCAGCAACCGCUGUAUGGUUCAUAACCGGAGGGUCUAGGGGUAUUGGCAAAGCUUUUGCCACGUACAUCAACGACGAUGAAUCGUACCGCCUUGUUGCAGCCGCACGAACUCUUACUGAUUUGGACUACCUUCCCAAUGCACCCAAUGUCCUCAAGAUUGUCCUCGAUAUCUCAUCAUCGGAUUCGAUAAAGAGCGCAAUUGCGAAUGCACUUACGACAUUUGGGCGUAUCGACGUUGUUGUAAACAACGCGGGUUAUACCUUGUUUGGCGACUUCGAGGCCAUAUCAAACGAGCAGGCUCGUCAACAAUUCGAGACCAAUUUCUGGGGUGCCGUAGACCUGGCCCGAGAGGCUGUCCGAGUUAUGCGAGAAGAAAACCCGAAGACAGGGCAGAUUGGUGGCCUUUUUUGCCAAAUGAGCGCCGUGAGUGGUCGCGUUGCGUUCCCGGGGGGAGUAUUUUACUUCGCCAGUCGGUUUGCCUGGGAAGGCUUCACGGAAAGCCUGUCGAAGGAACUUCCUCCAGAGUGGAACAUAAACCUCAUGACGGUUCACCCGGCUGCUGUGAAGACGGACUAUUUGAAGAAGAGCAUCGUGGUAGCCGAACGACAUCCACAUUAUGUGAACGCUAACUCAGGCACGAAUUCGAUGCUAUCGACGAUAGCAAAGCAUCACGAACUUGACAGCUUCGGUGGUCCUGAACAGCUGGUUGAAGUAGUCGGCGAGGUCAUUAAGAAAGGUGGCGGUGGCCACGGUAUUCCACGACAGCUAGCUGGCGGACCGGACAGCUGGACCGUAACUGACAAAGCACUCGAAAAGGAGAAAAGGGUUCACCAGGAGUUCAAAUCGGCUGCUUUCCGAAUGGCGCCUCAAGACCAGCGGGCACCUCACCUCGAAGCUUUUAUCUGA